CACCCCCACCAAUUUUGUCAUCAGUGUUAGUCACAGAGAGAGAGAGAGUGAGGAGACAGAGAAAGAAGAAGAAGAUGCCGAGAAGCAGUUUCUCAGGGGCGCUUACAGGGCCGCAAGUCGACGUGGUCAUCGACUUGGGAAACCCCUUGCUCAACCACAUCGUCGAUGGCUUCUUGAAGAUCGGAACCGUUGCUGCUACCAGAGCUGUUGCAGAGGAUGCUUUCUCUGCGGCCAAGAAAAGGAGCAUUUCGACUAGCGACUUUAAGCACACUUUGAAGAAGAUGUGUAAAGAAGGUGCAUAUUGGGGAACUGUAGCUGGACUGUACGUGGGAGCAGAGUAUGGUAUCGAGAGGGUCGGUGGACACAGAGACUGGACUUCGAUUGGAACUUCUGCAUCUGCUCACCCUUUUUCUUCUGAUAUCCUCCAGAAGAAUGCAUUGCUCGGGGGUGCAUUGACAGGGGCUCUAGUAUCUGCAGCCAGCAAAGAGAACAAGGAUAAAGUUCUGGUGGAUGCAAUUACAGGAGGUGCCAUUGCGACCGCUGUGGAAUUCAUCAACUAUCUCACCUGAACAUGGACGUAAUAUUCUACCCGAUCUCUUUGUAGAUCCUGGAGAACUAUGAGUAGGUUUCUCGUGUCAUCUUCCUCAUGAAUUCGUAGAGCAUUGUAUAAAGAAUGUUCAAGGGUUCAUCUAAACUACUGAAGGUUGAUACAAUGAAUUAUGAAUCUUCUGUUUUUAUCA